AAAAUAAUAAAGUACAGUGCCGCACUGCACUAGAGUGCAAUAAAAUUAAGUAAAAUAAAACAAACGUAACUUAAAAUGUAAAACCUGAAUACAUGCUAAAGGCUAAGUAGACCUGUAGUAUCGCUGAUGUUAUUUUAUCGCGAGAACAGAAAAUGACUAGAGAGAGAGCAAGGAACUAGCAGCUAACAAGAAACGGACAUGUGGAAAUAAAAGAGUUGAAGUUAAACAAAGACUGUUUUAUUGAGGAACACAACAUUUUGGCGACGAGGAAACGGUUUACCACGAACCCAGAAGCAAGAAAGGACGACUAGGAUUCUACGUCCAUACUGGAAGAAAAAAAAAAAAGAAUAUAGCCUGUGGAAGGACUCCUACGGUUUUUUCGAAGUUGCCAGUGGAACUAUUAAUGCACCAGACUUAGUGAGGAGGGCCACAUUACUGCAUUGCAUUGGAGCACCUACGCAAAGAAUUUUUGCCAAUCUACCUGGAAGCAAAAGUACGUAUGCACAGACUGUUGCUGCUCUAGACUCGUAUUUCACACCACGAAGAAAUGUAGUCCUGGAGAGACACAAGUUUAGACAGAGAGCUCAGUGUACUGAUGAGUCAGUAGAUGCUUUUGUGAAUGCGUUAAGAGAAUUGGCGAAAUCAUGUGACUUUGGUGCACUGGAGGACGAUAUGACAGAUAAGAGAUCAAAUAGUGGAAAAUGUGCAAUGAGAAAGCUGCGUGACAAACUGCUUCAGGAAGAUGGACUGAGUUUAGAUAGAGCAUUGUCAACUGCAAGAGCUUUUGAAGCAGCACAGGCAGAAUCUAAACUUUUCAGACACAUUUGAGGAACGGGAGGGACUUCCUGACGAGAACCGAACUUCCCAAGGUGUUUCUCCUGCAGAAGACGCCUUCCUCACCGGUCACCUGCCACGCCACAGGUUUCUACCCCAAGACAUCGUCCCUCUUUUGGCGAUUCAUUCACACGUUCAAUUAUUUUAAGAUGGGCUCUCAAGUUGCAACGCUACCAGAGUACUUGGUGAUGGCCUAUGUUGAUGGCGUUCAGAUUCUGCAGUUUGACAGCUACCACAGGGAAACGAAAGCAAUACAUGACUGGGUGAACAAAAUCACAGAAGAUGAUCCGCACUUCUGGAAGAGAGAGACGGAGUUCAAUAUUGGGAAUGAGCAGGUCAUGAAAGUCAACAUUGAAACCGCUAAAAAGCGCUUCAACCAAACUGGAGGUGUUCACAUGAUUCAGGUGAUGAGAGGCUGUGAAUGGGAUGAUGAGACGGGUGAGGUUGAUGGUUGGCAGCACAUCCGUUACAACGGAGAAGACUUCCUAUCAUUUGAGGCGAAGACGAUGACAUGGAUUGCAGCAAAUCCACAAGCUUUCAUCACCAAAUUGAAAUUGGACCAAAUAGACGUGUUGAAUGAAGCCAGGAAGAAUAUACUCAUUGAGGAGUGUCCUUUUGAGUUGAAGAAACAUGUGAGCAACGGGAGGGACUACCUGACGAGAACCGAGCUUCCCAAGGUGUUUCUCCUGCAGAAGACGCCUUCCUCUCCGGUCACCUGCCACGCCACGGGUUUCUACCCCAAAACAUCAUUCCUCUUUUGGAGGAAGAACAGCGAGGAGAUCCACAAGGACGUUGAGAUGGGGGAGACCCUCCCCAAUCACGAUGGAACCUUCCAGACCUCGGUCCACCUGAAAGUGGAGGUGACGCCCGCCGCGGAGCAGGAGUACGAAUGCGUGUUCCGGCUAGCCGGCGUCUCAGAUGACAUCGUCAUCAAGCUGGACGCCGGAAGCAUUCUGAGCAACCAGGAGCAAGACUGGAAGAAUGCGGUGGCCAUCGCCAUCCCGUUGGUGGUCCUCGCUCUGGUGGCGGUGGUGGCGGCGGCGAUGGUCCUUGCCAAGCGUCUCAAAUCCAAACAAGCCGAAAAGAAAAGAAGAAGAAGAAGAAGAAGGACAAUUAACUGUUUCCACCUACUGUGAGUCAUGAGAGGCAGUUGCUGUCACCUGGUGUUGGAAUUCUUUCAGAGGACUUUCUCAUCGCGCCGCACUGCAUCGAUAGACAUUCUCAUGAAGGUUCGUGAGUAGGUCCUGCAGGAUCUGGUGAGGCGUUUUGACCGAACCGUGCUGCUGAUCACCAACAACCUGAAGACUAUCGAGGCCGAUCAGAUUGCGGUGAUAGGCGCGGGCGGCGUUCGGGAGCGAGGAACCCACCGCUAGCUGAUGGAAAAGAAUGGCAUGUAGUCUCAACUGAAAGAGAAGUUCGCCAUCGCUGGAAGCUAACGCCUUCAGAAGCACUGACAUGCAUUUACAACCUGGAUUUAUCCAUGAAGUUUUUUUCUUAAAAAAAUGAAUUCACGUGUACUCAAUGUAUCACAGACUCAAAAGAAAAUGUCAUUAAUUUCCAGUUUGUAGUAAAGGGAAAUGUACUUUCGGCAGUUUGCAAACACAUUUGAUUAAGGCUGCGUUAGACACAUAUAAAGUCAAAGUCAAAGUC